CGCGCCAUUUUGACCGUGCUUUCCGUGCAUAGAAUGCAUGCAGUAUUACACGCACGCUAAAUAUGCACACAUUACACAUGCGCCGUAUAUCUCCAACGUGUAACGUGUUUUUAUUUACAUCAUUUGCAUUUUUGCGAAACGCCACCAUCGCUGAAUCAAAUUAACGGGAAGUGAAGAUUAAUUUCAUCAAUAUCUAACGGUUUUGCUCAAUGAAUGAUGUCUUUAGCCGCACCAAUGAAUUCCUUAUUUCAUCGAGGUGUUCAUGGAUCGCCUUCCCAACGCCUUGAUUUUGGCGAUGCUCUCGGUUCAGAAGGCGAAAGUGACGCGUUUUGCAGCUUACUCCGAUUUCAACGAAAUACAGGAAGGAGCCAUUGAUCACAGUCCCAUUUCAAGUUCAUUUUCAGACGACCGUGAUGAUUCUCUUAACCUUACAGCAGAAUGGGACCCCGCCUUGGCAACCCCUAAAGCAGUCCAUCAAGACGGCGUGUACAACGGACCAAAUUCAAGACUCCAUGAUGGCGAAAAUUCAAUCGCAUCGCCUCAUUUUCGAAGGCCAAGCGACUCGAGUUGCAGUCCCUCUCCGAUGGUAUGCGCAAGCAGCCCCGCCUCCUCCGCUGGCGGGGGCGACGUCGUGGGAUCUCCACCCCCACACAAGAGGCUGCGAAACCUCAAACUUUUCGAUUCACCUCACACACCCAAAUCGCUGAUUCAAAAGGCAAAUGCUAGUGCUAGACGAAACAAACUUCUAGCAAGUAGACUGUUCAGCGAAAAACCUGCUAGUUCUACUCCUACUGAUCAUGGCGAUGGGCCUAUUGCCUUUGGCAUUGCGAGGCCGCACACGGCUCCGAACAUGAGAAAUUUACAGAGAAGAAGCACAAGAAUACCCAAGACAAGACAGCAGAAUGUAGCUAAUGUCAACCCUUUCACUCCGUCAGCCAUGCUGCAAAAUGCGACCAAGAAAAGGCUUCGACAGGAGAGGAGUAUUCUAGAUGAUGAUGAAGACUUGGAUGAUGACAUGGAUGGUAGUUAUACAGAAAACCCAGCCAAGAGGAUAGCCCUACGAGACAGUGACAUCUCUCGCUAUGAGGCAGAGUUUGUCGAGGUCGGUAAGGUUGGUUCAGGGGAGUUUGGUUCCGUCUAUAAGUGUAUCAACAGGCUUGAUGGAUGCUUCUACGCCAUCAAAAAAUCAAAAAGGCCCAUCGCUGGAUCGGCUUUUGAACAAAUGGCUCUGAAUGAAGUGUAUGCCCAUGCAGUGCUAGGGACUCACAUUCAUGUGGUCAGGUACUACUCAGCUUGGUCCGAAGCAGGUCACAUGAUCAUACAGAAUGAAUACUGUAAUGGAGGUAGUUUAGCAGACAUCAUCUCGUCAAACAAACAGAACAACCAUAGGAUGACAGAGAUAGAACUCAAGCAGGUCCUGGUCCAGAUAGCCCAAGGUCUUAAAUACAUCCACUCAGAGGGACUAGUCCACAUGGAUAUCAAACCAGGAAAUAUCUUCAUCUCCAAGAAGGAGCCCCUCCCAUCCACCACACCGGAGUCCGAGAAGAUAGAUGAGGAGGAGGAGGAAGGAGCCACGGAAGAUAACACCCCACUCGCAUCACUUAUUUAUAAAAUUGGUGAUCUGGGUCAUGUGACUUCAAUCUCCAAUCCCAAGGUAGAGGAAGGUGAUGUCAGGUUCUUACCGGUAGAGAUCUUACAAGAGGAACACGGCCAUCUGACCAAAGCAGACAUCUUUGCCCUAGCCCUGACGGCUUACCUGGCGGCCGGCGGUGAAUCCUUGCCUAAGAACGGAGAUGAUUGGCAUAGAAUAAGACAGGGUCAUUUUCCUCCGCUACCACACAUCUCAACUGACCUGGUAGAUCUAUUACAGACUAUGAUCGACCCAGACCCAUCACAGCGCCCCUCUGCAUCGGCCUUAGUCCAACACCCUUUACUAUGUCCUAACAGCAAACGAUCCUUCACCCAACUCAAGAGGGAGCUAAACGUCGCUAAGUUCCAGAAUGCAAUCCUCUCCAGAGAGCUGAACGAGGCCCGUAAGAGCACCAUGAACCCUCCUCCCAAGUCAAGGUCAAACGCAGGUCGACUCAUCGGCAAGAAGGUCAAUCGAAGUAUGAGCCUUACCAUCUAUUGAAGACUGUGAUCCCCUUACAGAUUCAUUUAAACAAACAAUAAACUACCCCCUCCAAAGGAAAGCUGAUAAUGAUUAAAUCCAUGUGAUAUUACCACAUACAGUCACAUUUAUAUCAUAGCAACAGGAAACCUAAGUCGAGACUUAUACACCCAUUAAUGGUGUUUCCACCAAGUCUGGUAAGAAGGUCAACCGAAGUAUGAGCCUUACCAUCUAUUGAAGACUGUGAUCCCCUUACAGGUUCAGUUAGACAUACAAUAAACUUGCUUUGUAAAUGAAUUGCAAGAGGAAUUAUUUUGGGUGUAGAAACAAGAUAUUUCUGCCUGACAUGGUAUUUUAUCUUGAAGAACCAGUAUGUUUACUUAUGGCAACAGUUUUUAAUAAUUUUUUACAAUCGAUAAACUUAGGGUGAAUGCUUAUUUCGUGUAAAUAAAAUUGCUCUAUGUGUUUGGUUCGCUAUCUAGCAAGAAACAAAGUUAUGAAGUAAACUCUGCAUUUAUCUAAGUAUCUAAGUUGUCUUCAUGGCGAGUCCAUUACAUUUUCAAAGUUUUUUCUAGGCAACUUUUAUUAAGAUCAUACAACACAUCUUGCCUCUACUAUUGCUCUGUUGUCAAUUUUUUAAUCAAAUUCUAUUCCAAAGUGCAACCUUGGACCAAAUAUACUUAACUCGCACACAAAUUUAACCUAAAACCCUAUCGCAACCAUAAACUUCAAGCAGCAAAUGUUGCGAAAGCAUUUUUCAGAUGCCUGUUCUUACAAAUUUUUGACAAAUUUUCUUAUGGUAGUUGGUCAGAUUUUAUCUCUUUGGUUUUACUUUUGAAAUCAUUGUCUUCUGUUUUGUACAGUUAUUGAUGUUUAAAUGUGCCAUGUUACUUUUAGAGUAUGGAAAGAAAUUAUUUUAAAUUGUGUUUUCGAAGCAUUGAAUUUCUAGUCAAAAAGAAAAUACUUAGUGUUUUAAAGAGUGAAGUAAGUUCUGGUGAAGGUGAACAAAUAAUUUGAAAAAGUUCUCUCAUUGUUACAUGUGAAGGAAUUCUUUUGAAAAUACAUCACAUUCCAAGUGAAUUUACUCAAUUUAGAAAAAGUUCUGAUGCCACAUGUUUCUAUAGUGUAUUCCCACACAAUACUGUGCCUUUCACUAUAUGUGAUAUUCAAUAUGCUAGACCCCCAAAACUCUUAUCAUUUUGAUGAUUCCAAAACUUCACAGUACACACUGAUUCUUAUGACCUAAGUAUUCAACCUUUUUUUCAAUGAUUGGAUGGACAGUUUCAUUUACAAUUAUCAGUAUUACAAUUUUUAAAAUGUUCUCUGAAUGGAAAUUCAGAGAUUAAUAUGAAGCAGUUGUUUCGCCUUUUCCUUUCAUGGAAUUCCCUUAAAUACUUCCUUUAAUGUGUGAUUUAGUGAUGAGAUGAAGUGGGGGUACAUUUAUUAUUCUAUAUUCAUCAGUAUUCAACCAUCUAUUCCCUGGCUGUGGCAGUCUGCUUUCUAUUUUAGAGGUCAAUUUUGUGAUAGAUCACAACAGGGAUAGUUAGGAUUUAGCAAGGCUUUAUUUAUUCCUUUAUUUUGUUUAUGUUGGUAUGUGUUUAUAUGUCUAUGAGCCAGGUAUAUCAAGUGUAAAUGUUUUGCUUGAUUAACUCGUUCUUCAUUUCAUGUAAUAUUUACCUGUUUAAGAUUUUAUGUACCUUAUGAUUAUGUUGAAAAGACCCAUACAUUUGUAUCACUUUCUCUUUUUAUUAUGAUAUUGUGGAGAUGUAUUUAUGAACUCCAAUCCGUAUAAAUGAUUUUAAAUUUGUAUUCUGUGGUAAAACUCUUGUAUUCCAUCAAAACUACUCUGAAAUCUGAAACUUUUUCAAGUAUUUUGACAGCUUAUUUUUCAUCAUGGCUUUUGAGGUUUCUUCCUCAUGAGGGCAUUGGUUUUAUGGUUAUGUAUCACAAGAUUUGAAGCUGUUCAAUUUUAAAGUCACUUUUUAUCCUCUAAUUUUGUCAAAACAUAUACUUGCACCUCUACCGCAACAUGUUAAGUCUCAGUAUUUUAAAGUAGUAUUAUUUUAUAUGUUUAUCGUAGUUAUCUGAAUCAGCUAAGUAUAUCUGAUCACAUGAAAAUGAAUAUCUUCCACUAUGUUUAAAUCUUAGUGUUUAGUUUAUUUUACAAAUGCAUUUGUUCUCUUUUUGAGAUGUAUAUAUUAUACUAUAAAUCAGUACUUUACUUUACUAGCAGAUACUAAUGUAUAUAGCCUUCCACAAUGCUUGUAAAUACCGGUAGGUCAGUACUUUUGUCAUUGUUACAUGUACAUGUAUGUCGAGUCUUGUUUGACUUGAAAUACAGAUAUAUUUGAUAUUAUUUGGGCAUUUUUUUUCUCCUUCUCAUUCUUUUCUAAUUUAACAUGAGCUGCAUUGGGUGUUUCUAAGUGGGGCAUCUUGCAAUGUAUCUCUGUUUGUUUUGGAGUUGAUAUUAAAAUAAUUCCGAUAUGAUGUCUUCCUCCUUCACGGUCUCUCUGACCAAUCAGAGAGCUUCGCUUUGUAUAAGAUUACACAACGUAUGUGUAAAAUAAACAUUAAUGUCUUCCUAUGUAAACUCUACAUGCCUAAGAUUAUGUUCAGGCACAGUCAAACCUGCUUCAGCGACCACCUGGCUACAAAGACCACUGUUCUUGUCUUCUUUAAGUGGUCUUAAAGACAGGGUUGACUUUAUACUGAUUUUGUAAGAUUAUUUUUUGCUUAAAAUCUUGUUUCUUGGUGUAUAAUCAAAGUAUUGUCACAUUUUUGUGCCAGUAAGUCUUCAUUUGUACAAUUCAUUUCUACAAUUCCAUAAUGGUAGAAUUUUUAUUGCCUUUUUAUGUAUUAAGUGGAAGAGAUGAUUUUAUUUCUUGUCCAAUUGUGCCUUAUUUUCAUCCAUCGUGCCUUAUUCUCAUCCAUCGUGCCUUAUUCUCUUUAUUUGAAACCAACUUGAUUGGGUGAUUGAUGAAAUCAGGGGGUGCUUCACAAAACUUGUCAUCAAUGACAAGUGACAGUUUUUGUUAUAAGCUAGUGAAAUCUUUGCAUCUGAUUGAUUAUCAGCAGAUUUGUCACCGGUUUUUUGUAAUUUGUCAUUGAAAAAGGCUUUGUGAAACAGCCCCAGGAGUAUGUAUAUAUCUUGAUUAUAUGACAAUGCAAUGCACAAUAAAGUGAGCAGAAAUUAAAAAAACGAAA